AUGUGGCUACCUGCCUUCCAGGCCAUUAACCUCGAGCCGGAGGAGAACGUUGACGAGCAAAUCGACACCACAAAAGAGCUCCACGUUGAUGAAGCGUUGAAACUCUUCCAGAAGGCCCUUCGACUACAUGCCCAAGGGCCAGCGCAUCGCGGCGAAGCCGCGGAAGCAUACGACGAGCUGUUUAGGUGCGAAAUAUUCAAAUAUCGUGAAGCCAGGACCGACUACGAGCGAGCUGAACGACAAAUCGACGGAAAGCCUGAUACUCUCGCACUUGAGGCCUUUUCAGCAGGGCUAGAUGUCGAUGCGGGUGGCGCUGACGGUGUCGCUGCAAGCCUGGGUCAAGCCCUCUACAUAUCCUACAAAAACUACGGACAAUUCUUUCUUGAUAAGCUGAAAGAUUCAUUGGACCCGGCCAAGGAACUAAGAAGGCUGCCAUAUGACGAUGCCGCGCAUAAAGUCCUUGACAACUGGGUCAAAGCCCUCGACCAGGAUCCAUCAGACCCGGAGCUUUGGCGCAAAACGUCACGAUUCUCAGCAUCCAUCAAUAGCAGUCGUCUGAAGCGAUUUUGCCUGGAAGCCGCCAUCGAGCUCGAUGACGACCCGACGGUGGAUGAAGUUGAGCCGCCCUCUUUGGCUGAAGGCUGGGCGGGCGAACAGCUGAAAGAUCACCUGAACCAUUGCGCCAUGGGUAAAUCGCGAAAUGCCAGACAUUUUAAAAAUACAUCUCGACCCAAUCAAAUUUCUACCAGACCCCACGGCGCAACUCACUCCCCCCCGUCGAGCCCGGUGGAGGAGGUCGAGAUGGAUGAAGAUGCCUCCAUGGAAGAUGCGCAGAAUUUUGAGCCUAUAUCAUGCUGGUCCGAACUUGCCAACUCGCUCAUGAAGAAUAUGAACGACACCAAUGCGGCUGCUGUGGUUCUCAGGCGCAUAGUAGCAACUUCGGACGAAGAGCUCGAGGAUGUCCCGAAGGAAAUCACGCAAUCUACCGAACCAGAACCUACCGAUGAACCUGAAAGGGUCAAUGAGGCGGCUGGAGCAGAGAAAAAUGUCGAUGACAAACCAAAGGGGGGCGCCAAUAGGUCAGAAAGUCCGACCAAACCCGUCGAGCCCUUGCAGAAAGAGCGCAGCACUCCAAUGCCGACGCGAAAGAGAUCACAGUCUGUAGCAGGUCUCCCAGAAGGGGGCGAAGAGGAGAUCGGUACUUCAACACGAAGCAAGCGGGUUCGACGACGAACAGACAUGACUAGCAUCGAGGAGCCCGCACACCCAACUGCUACAGCAGCAGCACAACUGCAGGCAUACCAAGAGUCGGACCAAAAUCUAUUCCAAGUAACCAAAAACAUACUUGAAAGCAUCGGAGUAGAGGACAAGUCAACUUUCGAUGCCUUGAGCCAGAUCCAGGAAAUUUCUUGCAGCGCAGUUCGCCCAGCCAAAUUCUCAAAUGUGGCAGCUCAAGACUUGCAUGCCAUAUUUGAGAAGUUUAGCGACACAACGGCGAAUGUCUUGCUUAACAAGAAGAGCCUGCCUUCGCUCAGCCUUUCCUCUUUUCUUGAAAAUGCCAAGUCUAGUCAAAAAGAUCAAGCUCCAGCGGCAAUGUUCAACGAAAAGCAAGGCUUACAACAAUUUGUCGACCUUAUUUCGACACGUCAAGAUUGGAUUACCACAGGCGAUGUCAUCUACGAGUGGAUUCUUGAGCUGAGCAGAAGCUACUCAGAGCAGCAGUGGCCAGACAAACUCAAGAUCGCAGUCCUCGAUAUGCUGGAGAAUGCCGACUCGAUCAUCUACGAACACGUCACCUCGGAUCUGGAAAUUGCGACUCAGUCAAAAGAUGGCAAGUCAAUGGCGAGACUGGAAAAUGUCAUUCCUAUGCUCUUGGAGCUUCACAUCGAUGUCUAUGAGCACAUUACUGGCCCCACGAGUGUAGUCGAUAACAUCACCCGGCUGAAAACGAAGCACAGACUCGGCCGCUGGCUAGACGUCGCGUCAUACUAUACCCGCUCCUUGAGCCGCCCAGCCAGUGAUCCCCUUUGCGUACGAUUCCUAUGGGCUUCUGUCAUGUCCUCGGCACUAGCUGACGACCCUGUGCGCGAGCACAUUCUCGCCAUGUGGACGUCUCUGCGAGAAUUCCUUGCCAAGGAAAAGAUCGAGUCUCUCACCCUCCCAAACAACGACGCCAUGUCGAAUAUCUCGGCCGCGGCCGCUGAUCGAGAAAUCUCCAAGCUCAACACAAUGGACUUUUUCCUGAAUUUAUUCCAAGAGAAUAUGACGGACCCAUUGCCAGUCAUCGACAUUCUUGAGCCUGUACUGAAUCCGUCGUCUGUUCAUACUGCUCCAGAAAAGGCUCCCAAUCCAAUCGACGGAGCAGAACAAACACAAAGGCUCGAACAGGCGACGAAACCACUCUCUGAAUGCGCCACGCAAGGAAUGCGAGACCUGUGGAAAUUUUUAGAGAAUAGCAGCAUCGAGUUGCGACUUUUUCUCUGGUCCCGCCUUGGUGACGCAUACGAAGCCAUUGGCUAUACGACAAAACGGUUUUCUUGCUUCUUAAAGAGUGUGGAGAUGAUUGUGGAUGACUUCAGCAGCAACGGAUAUACAACCAUGCAAGAGGACUCGCGCCGAAUGCUUCUGAUGAAGACGAUGAGGUCUUUGGAUGAACUCCUUGUCGAUGCCCUGAUUAUGGCUCUUAGUGACAAAACGGCUUUCGACAUUGUUGAUGAAGACCACAUCAAGCAGAGUGCUGCUGCACUAGCUCGCCUCAGCACUGUUCUUCACUCAAUUUCGUUGUUUGAGGAUGAAGUGCGGGUUAAUCUGAUUUCUGCCAAAUCGAGCAACUCGACUUUCCAGAUGCUAUUGAACAAGCUUCGUGAGAUGCAAGUUCGCAAUUGGUGUCUUCUUUAUACCUUGUUGAAACAGGAUAUUUUCUCGAACAAGGAUAUUUUAAAACCAGAGAACGAACUGGCGACAUUUCUUAAUGCGGUCCAUCUAUCCAUCGGCCAUCGCAAAUUCUGCAAGGUUUCAGCCAAAGUGUUCUUGAACUUAAUGCGCGUUGAGCUACUCAGUUUAAAAGACGUUGAGAACUGGGAGGACCAUCUUGGUCAAGUUUUAUACGACAUUUAUGGCCUCAAGAUUGGUGUUGGUAUCUGGGAGCUGCAGGAUCACGGCUGUCCCUACGAAAAACUUGAGAAGCGACACACAAUGCAGCUCGUCGAUAAGAUUAUGAUAUUGGCAAACCGCUUUACGCUCAAGGACUUGCUGAAGUCGGAUCUCAAGACAACCAUCGACCACAUGCAGUCCACCAUCGGCAUCGGUCAGAUAAAAUCCACGCCACAGAUGAUUCAUAACUUACGGAAUUUGACCGAGGUACUGAAAAGGCCCAUUCACCCGCUACGCCUGUAUCGUGCAUUAGCGGGCAGUGUCUCUAUGGACUCUGUGACUGUCAAUAUUCCGGAAGCAGCAUUGGCUAACCGUGGCUGGUUCUUCCUACUUGGCAUGAUCGCCCUAACCAAGUUCAAGGGCGUGGAGCUCAAUCGUCGACAAACACCCGGGGCCACAGACGACCUCCGAAUUGGUUCGACUUUUCUACGUUUGCAGCUGCAGUUUACGGCAGACAAAUGGGACGCAUGGUUCCGACUCGCAGAAUGCUUCGACUAUGAGCUGGACGAAUCCGUUUUAUGGACAGCUGACAAGAUUAACAAGGACAGAGGCGAGCUCGUCAGGGUUCAACGCAAUGCCAUCCACUGUUACACAUUAGCUUUGUCACAUUCUCGCGACCAAGAGGUCGGUACGAAAGAUGGCGAUGCGCUUCACGACUUGUACUAUAAAUUUGCGACACGGCUGUACUCAUCCAGCAGAGAGCCUUUUGCUAUGGAACCGUUUCAGCACGCUGAACAGGAGCGCUUCUUUAUUGAAGACAUGGGCUCCGGUACAUUCAAGAAGAUUGUGCACGACCAGGUGACCAAGCACCAGGUGUGGAAAUUUUCCGCAAAGUUGUACAAGAUGGCCAUCGACCGCAAGCCAAGCAACUGGAAGAAUCAUUAUAUGCUGGCAAAGUGUUAUUGGAAGCUCUUCCGCAACCCUGAGGAGCUUGUUGAAGGCCUCGAGUCAAAAACAAAAAUCACCACCGGCAUGAUUCUGGACGCACUGAAGAAAUCGACUGCGGCUGCUUAUAAGCCGCGUAAAUCAAAGAGCAGCGAACCCAUCUUGGAGCCUCAUUACAAGAUUGUUUCCAUCUUGCACAAAAUGGUGGUCGCGAAAUGUAUCACUGCCGCCGCAGCGGCGGACAUUCUCUCCGAACAGCCCUUUGGCAUCCCAGUCAAUCCGAACGACCAUUUCGCCAGCUUUUCGGAACCAGAAGACUGGGAAGAAUACAUCAUUCGCAAUCUGACAAAACUUCGAGACAAGGACAAGUCAAACUGGCAACACAGAAUUGUCAUGCGUCAUGCCAAGAUUCUGUUCAACGAGACCACAGCCAAGGACAGCCCUGACGCGCUAGUGGAGGCCAAGGCGGCUUUCAGUAUUCUGCGAGACAACAUGUUUACAAAGACCAUGGUCAUGAAUGUCUGGAAGUGCGACGCGGAACGUCCCGGUCGCCAUCAUGUUUUCACAGAACAGUAUACUCGAUUCAUGGUCAGAUUGCUAGUUAUUAUGAGCAACCGUGUCGACCUCGAACUGCUACUUCGCCGCCUCCGAAAGAAGAGUGCUGACUUUUACCACUUCAAUGAUCUGUGGCAGUCCUGCUCUGUGGCGUACGUCUCGCUUAUUCGGGAGGCUCAUAGAAUCCCUGUUGUCAAUGAAGACGCUUUCAAGUCAUUGUCGAUGGAAGAGUUUGAGAUUAUAAGCGAGCGUAUCACUGAAUGGGCCGGCGGCGAAGGUCCUCAUAUCCCAGCCUUUGAGUGCAUGAAGGAAGCUGUUGAACUCAAAAAGCUUAAUGGAAAUCUCAUGAAAGCUGCCCCCAUGGAUGAUCUCAUCAACGACUGUUACUCCAAGAUUUACACGGACGUUGCAACCAGCCUCCCUGGCCUCGAGCCGAGCAAGGUUAUUGAAGAACGUAACCAGGCGAAGGAAAUUACGGAUCGCUUGGAUAUCGAGGCUGCCAAGGAUGCAGGCAAAAUGUGGAAUGAUAACAGCAUCAGUCAAAAGCCAACUUCAACGACCGAUGGAGAGAGACAUACGACUCAACAGCUGGAUUUGAGACCCGCCGUCGAGAAACCAUGGGGUCCUCUUGGCAAUUACUUGAAUUUCACUGCUGAUGUUGACAGCGGCGCUGGGUCCGCUACCCCGAUGGAUACAGAGAAGUCGGAGGCUGCACCAAGAAGAAAGACCGGCGUCAGACGACCUGACAUCCUUCGCAAGGCGGAGCAAGCCGUUGUCCGCGCUCUGGAACCACCAAAGAUCGCCGCCAAGAGUCGCAAGAGUAGUGUCUCUAGCGCCAAGAGAGGAAGCCAGACUCCAAACGUUGCUAUAAGCGACACUGAUAGCUCCGACUACAGCGACAGUCCAGAAGGACAGAUGCGACGCGAGGCGAAGCUUAGGGUGAAAGCCAAAGCCCCAAUAGCCAGACUUGGUCUUAACCCACUUGACUGGAGUGAUGAUAGUGAUCUGAGCGAUGCACCCGAAGGAUACGAUGAAGAAGUCUCUGAGGGUCUGCUAAAUCUUGGCCGCCACAGCCACGCUAGUGGCGAUGACGCCGACAGCGAAGGUGAAGGCGAAGGGGCUGGUAUGAAUCCUGUUCUUGAGCAAGACGCGGAAAUGGCCGACGUCGAGGAGAAUGCUCUCGAGGAUGAGGCUAUUGAGGAGGAGAUCCACGCGGCUGGCGUGGAGGAGGACGGUGCAGAUGCUGAUAUCGAGGAUGAAGAGCUUGAGGGUGAUGAGGGAGAGGAGGAGAUGGAAGGGCCUGAAGACGAACUAGAGGGGGAGGAGGAGGAAGGCGAAGAAGUGGAGCUAGAGGAGGAGGAGGUAGAAGAGGAAGAAGAAGAGGAGGAAGGCGUGCGGCUUGAUGACGAGGAGGAAGAACUUGAAGACGGUGAAGAUGGCGAAGAUGGUGAAGACGGUGAAGUAGACGAAGAAGAAGGGGAGGGUGAAGAAGGUGAAGAUGUUAUAGGAAGUGACGAAGGUGAAGAGGGUGAAGAAGGUGAAGAAGGCGAAGAAGGCGAAGAAGGCGAAGAAGGCGAAGAAGGCGAAGAAGGCGAAGAAGGCGAAGAAGGUGAAGAAGGUGAAGAAGGUGAAGAAGGCGAGGAAGACGAGGAAGACGAGGAGGAGGGUGAGGAAGACGGUGAGGACGAAGAUGGUGAGAACAAUGCAGAAGACGAGGAGGAUGAAGGCGAUGAAGAUGAAGGCGAAGAGGAAGAUGGUGCAGAGGAGGGUGGUGAUGAGGGGGAGGGGGACGAAAACGAAGAAGAGGAGGACGAGGAGGACGAAGAUGAGGAGAUGGAAGAUGCGGAAGAUGACGACCCUGACCGAUAA